UAUUCGUUUUAGCUCCAGGAUAUUUCUCUCUCUCUCUUCCCCUAAGUACCUUUUUAGUAAUUCCUACGUAACUCAUUAGGGAGUGAGUGUGCCACUGUCUCUCCUUUCCUCCCUCCCCCUCACACACAUUAGAGCAGCAGUGCACAGUUUAUAGGAACUUCACCCGGGUUCAAAAGAAGGCUAAACUCAGUCAGCACCGAGGCUUCAACUCCAGUGAAGGACACCAGGGUCAGCGGAAGAGAUUUUGGGAAGACGUGUGCCAAGCACAUUUAUUUCUUUCGAGCUACUGUAUAAAAGCCGUGGCGUGUCUCUGAUCAGAGUGAAAAGAGAACGCAGAGGAACAAGACAGGAGCUCCUUCUUCACAGCAUCUCUCUCUCUGUCUCUCUCUCCCUCUCUCUCUCAGCCGUCCUCAGCACACCUUCGGGAGGACACUGACUCUGGGACAUUUGUUCAUUUUUUUUUUUGCACUUCUGCUCCACGAUGAAGUUGCUGCUCUCAGUAGUGGUGCUUUUCCUUGCACUGAAUGAAGUAUUUGCAGAGGAAAUGGGUCCAAAUGAAGACCAGGAUUACUGGGCGAACGGCUCCAUAAUGCAGGAUGACUGGCCGAUUCAAGCCGAUCCCUUCAGAGAGAUACUCAGACGGAUAACGAGGAAACCUCGGCCACAUCAGUUCAUCGGUUUAAUGGGGAAGCGCUCCUCUGGGCAUAAAAUUAACUCCUUUGUGGGCCUGAUGGGUAAAAGAAGCCAAGAGGAACCUGAUUCAUACGACUGGAGCUUGCUACAGAACUACUAUGAAAGGCGCUGACGGACAGCCCGACCUCCAUCAUGUCUGCUUCAUGCUCGGUGAAGACACCCCACUCGUCUUUCAUUUAUUUAUUUAUUUUCAAAAAAUAGGUGUUUUCACUUCUAGACUCUCAAUAAAACUUUGUUUUCCACCGUGUGGUGAUGUAGCAGUACCUGUGCCAAUUUGUGUACCAAGAAUGGAAGGGACAUGCGGAUACGGUCCGACCUGUAAUAUCGUGUUACUGUCCAAGUCUUAAAAGAAAAAAAAAAAAAAGAAAAAAAAAAGAAGAA